GUCUAAUACAGCGAUCAUAUCAUGUUGAAGAUGAGCGGGUGGCAGCGACAGAGCAAAAGUAAAAGCCGGAACCUGAGGAGAGAGUGUUCCAGGAGGAAGUGUAUCUUCAUACAUCACCACACCUGAAAGCAGAACCUGGUCCACAAGUACAGACAUGGCAG